CAAGGUGCCACAACAUGAAAAUUAGUUUUCCCCUCUUCAAUAGUAACAUGGUUCAUUCCAAAAGGUUACCUGGGUGCAGUGACCUUAGCAGUGACCUUAGGGCUCAGCAAACACAGGUGGGGUUGCCAGCGACAGGAACAAAGGGGCUUUUUUGUGCUUGACAGAGUUGUACACCAAGAUGUCCAUGCUCCACAGCCUUGCUGCUAGGCUGAUUGCCUACUGUGAUGUGCAGAUAGGCCUCGUCCUUGUGUGUCUCCUUCUACUGACCUUCUGGUACCUCAGGCCUGGGAAGAACCUCCCCCCAGGGCCCUGGGGCUGGCCAGUCUUGGGACACAUCCCCACACUUGGCAAGCAUCCACACCUAGUGUUGACCUCCAUGAGGAAAAAGUAUGGAGAUGUGUUCAGCAUCAGACUGGGACCAAAGGAUGUUGUGGUACUCUGUAGCUAUGACGCCAUUCAUGAAGCAUUUGUCAAGAAAGGAGAAGACUUCUCAAGCCGACCGUCUUUGUAUGUUUUUGAUGAGAUGGGUGAAACCAGAAAUGGGCUAGUCUUCACUCCAUAUGGCUCAUUUUGGAAGCAGCAGCGAAAGUUUGCACUCAAAAGCCUGCGUGAUUUUGGAUUUGGAAAACGCAGCUUGGAAGGCAAGAUAUUGGAGGAGGCUGAACGUCUGAAGGAAGAAAUCCUACAGACAGCCAACACACCCUUCAAUGUCAGGCCCCUUCUUCAAAAUGCUGUUGGCAAUGUCAUCUGCUCAAUUGUCUUUGGAGCACGGUUUGAUUACAACGACCCAAAAUUUAACUACUUGAUGGAAAGGAUCAAUCAAAACUUUGGAGAACAGGACUUGGCUGGAGUGACCAACUUCUUCCCCUGGUUACGACACAUCCCUGCAGUCAGGAAGGCUGUAGACAAGGUACUAAAGAAUGCAGAAGAAGUAAAAGAUACUCUACACGAACUCAUGAUAGAACACAAGAACACAUUUGACCCCUCUAACAUUCGUGACUUCAUUGAUAGCUAUCUGCUGGAGAUGAAUCGACAAGAUGAAGAAGGGCCCCAGGAAGGAUUUGACGAGAAUCAGCUUAGCCAUGCGAUUUCAGACCUAUUUGUUGCUGGGUCCGAGACCACAUCCACCACUCUGAGAUGGGCACUGCUGUAUAUGGUGCUGUACCCUGAGGUACAGCAGAAGGUACAGGAGGAGAUUGACAGCGUGGUUGGACCUGACACAGCCCUAUCAAUCACACAACGCAGUCAGCUGCCCUACACAGAGGCUGUUAUUGCAGAGGUCAUGCGCAUCAGCCCAAUUGCAGCCAUGGGAGCCAUUCAUGCCACAUCCAACGAUGCCAACCUCUUUGGUUACGAGAUCCCAGAAGGCACCAUGAUUUUCCCUCUGACAUGGUCAGUUUUCUAUGACCCUGUGCACUACCCUGAGCCUGAGAUCUUCAAGCCCCAGAGGUUUCUGGGUGAACAUGGGCAGUUUGUCAAGGAUCAAACAUUCAUUCCUUUUUCCAUAGGGCGUCGCAUUUGCUUGGGAGAAAAUCUGGCCAAGAUGGAGCUGUUCCUGUUCUUCACCCACCUGCUGCAGCACUUCACUUUCAAGCUGCCAGAUGGAGCAGCUAAACCAUCUACUGUAGGGAUCCAAGGGUUUGCAACCUACAGCCCUGUGUACUAUGAGCUGUGUGCUAUUAAACGAGAAUAAUUACCCACAGGCCACAGCACUACCAUUUUGUCUAUUGAACUGCCUUUGUCAUAGUACAAAACAUUUAACAAUUAGUUUUCAUGGUAAUCACACCAAUGUAAGCAAAGGGCCUAUUUGAGAAUAUCAUAAAAGGUUAUCAUUAGUGUAAACAUCACCAUGACCACAAAGGGGAGACACAAGUUUCCUGUAUUUCCUUAAUCUUGUUGGUCUUUACCUCAUGUGAACUGAGUGUAAUGCACCAGCUUCAUAGGCAAGCACAGUCUAGUAGCUGGUUGUCAACUCAUGUAAACUCUGUAUAUCUAGUCCAAUAUUGCUUAAAAUUAUGUACAUGGGUCUAAUGUAGCUUUUACAGAGUAUGCUAAUAUAAUAAAGUAACAGCUGCACAGUGCAUUUCAAAACAAUUUUUCAUUAUACCUAGUACAAAUGUAUAUGAAAAAUGUA